UUGAUGCUGUGUGUUUUAUCAGAGGACAGAGGAGGAGGAGGAGAAGGACUGUGGGUCAGAGAUGAAGGCAGAAGAUGAGUCCACAGCUGCAGAGGACCAGCAUGAUGCUGCCGACCCCCCAGCUGAAGAAGAAGCUGCAAAAGUGCAAGACGACGACGACGCCUGCAUCAUCCUCAACAUCCAGACCAACAACGACGACAAAGCAGCCGGGGAGGAACCUGGAGAGCCGUUUGUGGACGCCAUCACUCCCAGGAAAAAGAAAAAGAAGUCCAAGAAGGGUUCUGCUGAGACGUCCCAGGUGGACAGCACAGUUACGCCGAGCGCCGAAGCCGCCUCUACUGUCAGUGACACUCCUGUUACGAGCCGGAUGAAGAAGAAGAAAAGGAAGAGAAAAGACAAAAGUGGAGACGAGAAUGAGGUAGAGGAGGAUAAGAAAGAAGAGUGUCAGGUGGUUAAACCAAAGAAAAAAGCAAAGAAAAGGGGGAGAGAGGUUAUGAAGGAGAAAGAGGAGACGAGCUUCCCUUUAGAAAAUGACAGUGAGAAGAAAAAGAAGAAGAAGAAGAAGCUCAUAGAUGAGAUGGAGGAAAAGGUUGAGAUGACAGGAGUGGAGGAGGAAGAUUCUGUGAAUUUGGCAGAGACGAUGCAGAAGAAGAAGAAAGAAGAAGAAGAAAAGGAAGAGAGAGGAGCCGCAGUUUAAAGAAUCACCAGCAGAGGGCGAGCAAGAGCAGGAGGAGACAGCUGGCUGCAACUCGUCUCUGCUCGCCUCUGCAAAGAAGAAGAAGCCUCCGAGGAGGAAGCUGAGCCUGAAGAAGAGGCUGAGGCUGCGGAAGAGAGAGAUGAUGAUGAUUGGGAGGAAGGCACAGAGUCCCAGCCUUUCUGCAGCACCCAUCAUCCCAGGAGGAAAAAGACAAAAGCAAAAGCAAAAAGAAGUUAAGUCGCCUCAACCAAAGAUGGAGACAAACGGGGAACAAGAGGAAAGUUCAUCGAAGGAAAACCAGCCUCCCAGGAAGAAGAAGAGAUCCGUGAAGGACAUCCUGGACGCUGCUGGAGGUGAAGCCACAUUUUCAGACAAUCACAAAGAGACAAAGAAAAAAACAAAGAAGGGAGAAAUCUCCCGCCCUGCUGCUGUGAGCCAACCUCCGCCUGCAAAGACGAGGAAGAAGGACAGAGUAAGGAUAAACGUGGAGGAGACAGAAGCUGCAGCAGAAGCUGCUCCUGUUGUUUCUAAG